AUGGUCCUCGAGCCGGACGGUAAAGCGCACGGUGUACUCUUUUUGAACAGUAAUGCACAGGAAGUGACAACAACUCCAGGAUCAGCGUUAAUUUACAGAACAAUCGGCGGAAAUUUGGAUCUCUACUUUUUUCCAGGACCAACUCCUGGGAGAGGUCACCCAGCAAUAUCUAGCUUUUAUCGGGAAACCCCUUCUUCCCGCCUAUUGGGCACUUGGUUUCCAGGUGAAGUCUCUCAGAAAAUUCUUCUACAAUUGUAG